GGAAAGAAAAGAACAAGGCAAGAGAGACACACCCGAUCGAGAGCUAAUUCCCAAACCCGGCCGCUGCUCCGUUCCGCGUCAAUCCAUCGGCGACGUCUUGGAUCUACCUGUCGGGAUCGCCAUGAUGAACCCGGAGAUGAUGCGGGUGGCGGAGGAGCAGAUGCGACGCAUACCCGCCGGCGACCUCGCCAGGAUGCAGCGGCAGCUCAUGUCCAACCCGGACCUGCUGAAGCUCGCAACCGAGAGAAUGAAGAACAUGACAGCCGAGGACUUCAAGCUCGCCGCCGAGCGCCUGAACCACGCGAGGCCAGAGGAGAUGCUCGACAUGACCGAGAAAAUCGCCAAGGCCAAGCCCGAGGAGCUCGCCGCCAUGAAGGCGCAAGCCGACGAUCAUGCCUCGUACGCGAUGUCCGCCGCCAAGAUGCUGAAGCGGCAGGGGAACCAGCUCCAUGGCCGCGGGCAGUACGCCGACGCCGCCGCCAAGUACAAGCUCGCCAGGGAUAGCGUGAAGAACAGCGUGCCGUCGGCGGCCGGGCGCGCUCUGCAGCUGCAGUGCAGCGUCAAUCUGAUGGCCUGUUACCUGAAGCUAGGCGAGUUCGAGGAGUGCGUCAACGAAGGCUCGGAGGUUCUAAGCUAUGACUCGGGCACUGCCAAGGCGUACUAUCGAAGGGGUCAGGCGUACAAAGAGCUGGGAAACCUCCAGGCUGCCGUUGCUGACUUGAGUAAAGCCCGUGAGAUUUCUCCGGACGAUGAAACUGUCGCUCAAGCUCUGACAGAGGUGCAAGAAAAACUUUCAACCGAAGGCGGAGCGGCAGCAAACCAGCCGAAGGAAGUUGUUAUUGAAGAAGUUGUAGAAGAAGAUGUUAGUUCUGAUCUGUCAAGCGCACAAAAGAAUUCUUCUUCUUCUACUGCUACACAACCACAGGACGGAGCACAAAACUCGACACAACCUGAUUCUUCAGAAAGCUUGGUAAAUAUGUCUCGGGCUGCCUCUUCAUCAAGCAGAACAAUCCCUGUUGCUCCAGAUUUUGGAUCCAAUAUGCCAGCAAUUUCACCUGACAUGGUUAGUAUGGCAAACCCUGCUAUGUGGGAGAUGUUUACCUCCAUGGUGGAGAACAUGAGUCCUGAUGAGAUGGCAAACAUGAGUGAGCUGUUCGGUAUCAAGAUGUCCAAGGAGGAUGCUGCCAACGCUCAACAGGCUAUGUUUUCAUUCUCUCCACAAGAUUUAGAGAAAAUGAUGAAAUGGAUCGGCAGAGCGCAGCGAGGAGUCGAAGCAGCAAAGAAGACGAAGGACUGGCUCUUGGGCAGGAAAGGCUUCAUCUUUGCUAUUGUCAUGCUGAUCUUGGCGUUCAUCCUCCAUCGGCUUGGAUUCAUCGGGUAGCUGAUGAUGGCCUACACAUCCGAGAAUCGGCAACAAACAAUAAUACUCCGCUCUUUUUCCUGGGAUGACAACAAUGUGGAAGCAAUAGUUGAACCUGGGCCUUUCUUGUGCCAUUGUUUAUUCUUUCAGCAUAUAUGUGUUUAUAAAUUGUACUGUAACUGGCCGAGUGUUUUGAAAACUAGCAAUUGUGCGGGCAUCAAUUUUAUUUCCUUUUGAAAGUAAUGUUCUGUUUUCAGGAUAAGAACAAAGUUUGGGUGUAACAA